UCUCCUUUUAGCCGCAUUCAUUCCCGCGACAAUGUUCUCCGGCUCCCCCUGCCCUCGAGAUUGGAAGAAGAGAUCGCGGAGGAGAAAAAGCGACGCCGCCUUCGGGAAGAGGGAUAGAGUGAGAACCCUAACCCCCAGAAAAAGGAAGCGACGAUGAGCGGGAGCGGGACGAAGAAGGUGGUGGAGGCGGCCGCGAAGGCCACCAAGUCGAUCGAUUGGGACGGCAUGGCGAAGCUCCUCGUCUCCGAGGAGGCCCGCAAGGAGUUCGCCAACCUCCGCCGCUCUUUCGACGAAGUCAACCACGCCCUACAGACUAAGUUCAGCCAGGAACCCGAACCCAUUGACUGGGAAUAUUACAGAAAAGGAAUUGGAUCUCGCUUGGUGGAUAUGUAUAAAGAGGCUUAUGAGAGCAUAGAGGUCCCUAAGUACGUUGACAAUGUGACUCCAGAGUACAAGCCCAAGUUUGAUGCUUUGUUGGUGGAGUUGAAAGAAGCAGAACAGAAGUCUCUGAAGGAUUCAGAAAGGUUGGAGAAGGAAAUUGCUGAGGUUCAAGAGAUGAAGAAGAAGAUUAGCACCAUGACCGCAGAUGAGUAUUUCGAGAAGCACCCUGAGCUCAAGAAAAAGUUUGACGACGAAAUCCGUAAUGACUACUGGGGAUACUGAACGAUAGAUCAUUUGGCUGUUCAAUGCUUUCUUGUGACUGAACAAUAAAGAACAAGCACCCUGAGCUCAAGGAUAAUGCGGUUUUUCCUUGUACUUUAGAAGGUAUCAGUAUUUGCUGGUGUUUUGUUAAAUUUAUCGUUGUUGAGAGUUGGAACUAGGUGUUAUCACCUGAUUACACUACGUCUUCUGAGGGGGGCCUUGCUGUUGAACCGUUACACCUUGUCGAUUGUGGCAAGGCCGCAAGGUGCAGGUUUCGUGUAAAGAGCAUUACGCCAAUAAAUAUGAAAUCUCGGUUCGGCAA